CCACACUCUCUAGGUGGGGACUAGCAGGCGUCUAUGGUAUCGAUGAUGAUCGACCGUCGGAGUCGAGGAAGAUGUUCGGUUUCUGUUGAAAUCUAAUCCUUGGUAUUGGUAUUGAUUCCACACGCCGAAGAGUCUGCUCUUCUUGGCCCUGUGUUCCCAGACGCGAGAAAAACGUCAAGUGGUUUCCGGCAUCGCGGUAGACCGUUGUUUUCCCCACCCCCUGUCGCAGGCUUUCCUGUUCACCUUGCGACCCCGGCGCCCGGGGAAAAAAAGACAUAUACCAGCAGAGAUGGAAGAAACAUAGCUGAGCACGCCGUGGGACGUGGCGCCGUCCAGGCCGCACGUCGGAACCGGGACCUGGACACCAUCGGGCGGAUAUCGGAGGCGGAUGCUCGGAGGGUGCUGCUCGUCCGCUACGACGGCGAUGAACGCGUCCGGGGCGCGGCUUUGGGCGUUUGUGGGAGCAUGUCAAAGACGGACGUCUGCGUGCGGUGCAACCUGAAGUUCGACCAUGAUAAUGACUCUGCCGAGGCGUGCUGUUGCCACAGUAGGGACGUUCGAACUUGACAAAAGCCUCGGGUUCUGGGAGGAGAUCGACGACUUUAACGACCGCGGCCUGUUCUACCAAAGAGACAGCACCGAGGUCCGGCGGACUGUCCCGAAGGGUUCAGAUGGACCUGCUGCGACCGCGACGGGGACUUGGCAGGGUGUCGCAAGGGAAGACACGAAGGCAGGCCCGGCGCCCGCAAAUAUCAGGACUAGACCCGAGUCAGGCAGGACCGACGGCGUCCCAGGCACAGAGUCCGAGGUGCUCUUGCUGCGCGGGCAGAGCUGCAACAAGCGUGCGGACGAGGAGGAGGAGCCCGUUGAUGGUAACGCGCCCAAGGUGAGGAAGGGCGCUGACAGGUACUGGCUGGGCAUCCUUGGUUGA